GCCAAAUAAGGAAGUUUGAAAAUGGACCUGCUUAUUGUUCUUGGACGAGGCAUUGUUCUCUUGGUCGAGCAGCAACCCACCGUCCUUAUUCUUCUAAAUAACAAAAGGCCACGCUCGCCAAUGCUUUUCUGUGAUAGAGCUUCGCGUUUAUUUCUUGCUUCCUUCUCACUACACGUUUCUUAGUUCGACAUGUUGUCGAGCAUAUUUGCUGCUACUUUCGCCUUUGGCGCGUCUGCCGUCGCGCAAUCUUCUUCUUCUGUUGUAUGCGUUGCGGGUCAAUGCCUGCAAGGUUAUUCUAAUACAACUCUUGGAGCAACUCUUUCAGCAUCUGGAAUAUCGACCGAAGUCCUUCUUCUUCCUGGGCAAUAUACAUCCACGACCAACCCAGAGCUACUUCAUGAGCUGUUAACGUCUUCUUCUGCCAAACUUUCUCCGUCCACUGGCUUCGGAAACUCGAGUGCUGGAUCUUCGGUUUCCCUUCCACUAAAUAUCGCACUUCAACCUGGUCUUGCUAUCUAUCCGCAAGCUUUCUAUUCAGGACAAGGAUCAUAUUCAAGCCUCCCUACGUCUCCCGUCGGAAAUACAUCCAUCCCAUUUACUGCUUCCUCAUUUGCCCUCUCAGGGAACGUCUGGGCAGCUGUGUCAGCCGGAAGCAGUAGCCGUGUCAUUCUGUGGAACUCCGUUCCUGACGUUAGCCAGCUCCCUGCGAGCGCCUCAGGAUCCCUAUCGUUACUCAACCUGCAAUCAUCAACAUGUUCACCGGCUUGUUCCGGGAAUGGCAUUUGCUCUGCUUCUGGAACAUGUCAAUGUUCAAGUGGAUUCACUGGUUCAUCUUGCGAGUCAUGUUCGUCUGGUUUCUUUGGACCGGAGUGCCAGGCCUGUCCGUCAGGGUGUACUUCAUGUGAUGAUGGAAUCUCAGGAACGGGGCGUUGCUUGGUGCCAGUGGUGUCAAACCUACCGUCGAGCUGCAACUGUAUCAACGGAGAAUGUGGUGCUAACGGACAGUGUACCUGUAUCGGCGGCUGGACCUCGGCGUCAAACGGAACUCAAUGUGCAGCAUGUGCGGCCGGUUUCUUUUUAGAUACAAGCGGAAACUGUGAAAUCUGUCAGUUGGGUUGUCAACAAUGUGCCGAUGGCACCGGGGACUGCAUUUCUUGCGCAUCGGGCUUUACUCAGGACGGGAACGACCGCACAAAGUGCGACGCCCUUCCGCAAACUACGUCAAAUGGUACGGUUUGUCCAGAUGGAAGCUACGGCGCUGGGUCUACUUGCGCGGUUUGUUCGCCGCUUUGCACGACUUGUACCGGGCCGAAUUCCAACAAUUGUAUCAUUUGCGGACCCUCCACGUACAAGUUUAAUGGGUCAUGCGUGACGACCAACACCGGGGGUGUUUGCUCAGGCUCUAAUCUGAUUGCUAACAAUGUCAAGCACGAGUGUGACGCUUGUGGACCGAAAUGCACGACCUGCCAGAUAUCCAAUUUCAAUGCAGCAUCCACUGUUAGUCAAGCUCAGUGUACCGGCUGUCUUCCUGGUUUCGUCUUGUCACAAGGGGAGUGUGUGACGAGUUGUCCGUCUGGUACUUUCCUCUCUCCUCAAGAUAAUUUGACGUGCACAGCUUGUUCUUCAUCCUGUACUAGCUGUGUGGGAAGUGCUACCAACUGCCUGACAUGCGCGAACAACUUGCUGGCUUCAAACGGGCAAUGUGUCAAUUCUUGUCCCUCCAACACGUUUAGUUCUUCUGGGGCAUGCAUUCCCUGCCACCCAGACUGUGCAACAUGUUCAGGCGCAUCCUUCAGCCAGUGCACAAGUUGCAACAAAGCACUUCCUGUCCUUACGAGUGGGCGUUGCCUCGCUACUUGCAGCCAGAACCAGUAUUUCGACACAACGUCCUCGACAUGCCAGUCUUGCGAUUCCAGCUGUGCUAGCUGUUCAGGUGCCGGUCCAAAUAGCUGCCUCGCUUGCUCAAGUUCUAGUCAAGUUUUGCGUGAGGGUGCUUGCACUUCAGCUAACUGCACGAGCGGUACAAGUGUUGUCCCAGGUCUUGGAGCAUGCCUUUCAGAACUUGUAGUAUCUUCGCCCUCUGGUACGAGCUCAGGCGCAGUUCCUUCGGGGCUAUCGACUCCUACCAUAAUCACGACCCAGCGAUUGCAGUGGUGGGAGAUUUUGCUCAUGGCGCUUGGAUGUGCCUUCAUCUUUGUGACCUUUUUGUACUGCUGGCGCCGGCGAGCUCGCAAGCAGCGAGCAAAGGACACAGCGGCAUUUGCAUCUGCUAAGGCCCUCCACAAGCAAAGUUGGAGAUGGCGACUUGCCCGCUUUGGAGAGAAGCUUUUUGGGCACAACCGUAACCCGCGGCCUGAGUCGGAGAGUGUGGCUUUAUGGAAACUGCGCGCUGCGGAGGAGGCACGGCACCAUAAGGAAAUGGAGAAGCUCAUAGGUGCACAGGAGUACUCUUGCACGGGAUCGAGCCGAUCUCCUUCGCCUCUCCCCUCGCUUCAUCCCUACAAGCGUCGCGGAUCACACGAUUACUCCGAUGCUCAUAGGUUAUCGGCGGGUUCCAUGUAUUCCCAGACGACAGGGAUGGUUCGUUCCGGACCUGAACCUCGGCAGCCUGUCAAGUCGAACCCUUUGACUUCUCGGUUUUCGACAACGACAUUUGGAUCUUCGGUACUCAAGAAACCAAACGUGUUAAAACGUCAGCCAACACCUUCUAAACCGCUAUCCGCCGCUGAGCGAUACGCUGCGUCCGUAAGACAGUCCCCGGAACCUGGAUCGGAUUGGAUAACACCUUCAGAUACGGGCGGAUCUCGCAACCCUUUCCGUAAUAAACAAGCCAUGUUGUCAUAAUUCAGCAUGAACUUUUGAGGAUUAGACUGGAUCUUUACCUACCACGAUCUCUACAAGUUUAUAGCAUUGUACACAUCUUUUCGUCACUAUACUGUAGCUUACGACUAUGAUUCUGGUUGCUCUUAGAUAACGCCGCUCAUAAGGAGUGUAAUGUAUAUAACAUUUUUAGGUAAUUUAGCUGUCCUGCAAAUUGCACUGGCAUGGAGUGAGAGUUGGC